AUGAUCUGCGCGGAGCUUCAGCAUGCCCACUGUUAUGGAUCCCUGGCCGCGUUCGCUGCAGCGAACACCCUCAUUUGCGAUAUUGCACUGGAUGCGAUAUGGCAGCACCAAGAUAAUCUCGUAUAUCUUCUGAUGACUCUACCUGAGCAUCACAUCCAGGGACUACAUCCCUGGGAUGAUUUGCGACUGGUCAUCGACGGCCCCAUAACCCCCGAAGGAUGGGCACGCUUGCACUCCUACGCCUCGCGAAUCGCUAAACUCGACCUUAGGUAUCACAACGGGGGCAUUUCCGCAUUCUAUACUGUCCCGGUGGAAGGCGGUGGGGUCAUGUUUCGCGACUUAGAUAUCAGCAUCACAGCUUUCGAGCAGAUAACCUGCUAUGCGAGGAGUUUGUCGGCAGAUGAGAAGGGGUAUCCAGGAAAUGCAGCACCUUUCGGGACGCCAGCGAUACCGCAUACCCUCUUCCCCCGUCUACGCAACUUGGACUGCACUGUGUUCAAGCCCAAGUCGCUAUCGAGAUUCCCCGUCCUCCUCUCCCCGUCGAUCACAUCCCUGUCAAUCAGGAUAUCAAAAGACGCGGAGUGGCUGGUGCGGGAUCUGCCCAAUAUAUGCCCUGGCCUCAGAACUCUGUCUUGGCACGGGUUUGCGAGUUUGGGAGGAAAAGGUAGAGAUCGUGCCUUGCCACAUCCGCCUCCCGAGUUGCUGAGACGGCUACGCACUCUAGAGACCCUGAUAACCUCCGACCUCUGCAUCAAGAUGGUCGAAUGCGCCACCAAGUUGCCAUCACUGCACUCGCUGCAAUUCUUCAUUGGGGGCGAUUUCGUUCGUGAAGUAGACGCCUUUCUCAAGACGCCAGCCGGUACACUCGGCAUGAGCAAGGUCAACGCGAUGACGCCUCCUUCGCCCUCGCUGCACUUCUCGAACGCCAUGCGGCACAUCAAGCUAGAACUUGAAGAUCGUGCUGGGCUCGUCAUGUUCUUCAAAAUCGUUCAAAACCCUUUGAAGGUCACCGCCUUCGACGCCGAAUGCUACGAAGAGGAGUACGACGACGGCGCCGAUGUUCGCGUCAAGAAUCUGGCGCUUCUCGCGCAGACCUUGGACCCUGCCCAUCUCCGACAGCUCCUCUACUACCACGACUGCGAUAUCGAGCUCUCGCGGGGGCCCGUGCCCGUUGUGCACGUCCUGCGGCUCGCCCAGAGGUACCCCAACCUGUCGUACCUAGGAAUCGACUGCUGGCUUGAUCUCGCAGAUGCGGAUCACAUUGAGCUCGCGCGGGCGCUGCCCCAGCUCGAAUAUUUCGCCCUCGAUACGCACGCGAUCGACAACGGGGAGUACCUCGACAUUGGAGCGCGCAAUGUGCGCACGACGCUGGGUGUGCUUCCCGCUUUCGCACAUUACUGCCCGCAGCUACGCAGUCUAUGUAUCCGGCUGGAUGCGACAGAGAUACCCGCGCUCGACGAAGGGGGUGAGGAGCCUCGCUUGAGAGGACACGUACGCAUGUACUUCGCGCACUCAGAGCUCUCGGACCCUGUCGCUGUCGCCCGGUUCCUCCGGCAAGUCUUCGUGCGAGGGUGUAGCAUCGCGUCAUGGCCGCCGAGGGAGGGGAUGUACAAGAGACGGCACGAUCAGUUCUGGGAUGAUGCGGAGGUACCAAGGAAUUGGGCGGUGGGUCAAUGGCUAGAAGUGCGCAAGGAGCUUGUGAUGUUGGAGCACGUUCUGACUUCCACCAUCACCGUCCUCUCGUCGUCUACCCGCCCGCACUCCUCUUACGCUAGUCUAUCCGAAGCAAUGUCUCUGAGAUGCCUCGACUUACCGGAGAUCGCCAUCCUUAUCUGCGCUGAGCUUCAGCGUUCUCAAGCAUACGGAUCCCUGACCGCGUUCGCGGCGACGAACACCCUCAUCUGCGACAUCGCACUGGACGCACUAUGGCAAUGGCAGAAUAAUCUGGUAUUUCUUUUCAAGACGCUGCCUCAGCACCGUAUCGAGGAAAUACACCCUUGGGAUUUGCGACUGGUUAUCGACGACCCCAUAACGCCCGAAGGAUGGGCUAGGAUGCACUCCUAUGCGUCACGGAUCACCAACCUCGACCUCUACAAACCUAAUGGGGGCACUUCCGGGAUCUAUCCGGGCCCGGAAGUUCGCUGUCUGGACAACUACUAUGACCUGGAUAUCGACGACGGGGCCUUCGAGAUGAUAUCUAGCCAUGCAGGCUGGAUGGCGGAUGGCGCAGGCUUGGCGAACUGUCCUAGAUUGAAGGGACAUGGGAUGAUCGCAAUACAAAUGCUCACACCAGCAACUUCGACGGGCACGUCCGCGAUACCACAGCCCCCACCAGCGAGAGCCCACACGCUCUUCCCCCGCCUCCGCAACCUCGACUGCACCAUGUUUGCGCCCAGAUCGUUAGCGCUUUUUCCCGCGAUGUUCUCCCCGACUAUAACAUCGCUCGCGCUGAGGAUGUCGAAAGACGCGGAGUGGCUGGCGCGCGACCUCCCUGAUCUCUGUCCGGACCUUAAGACUCUGUCAUGGAGGAGCGAUGUGGGGCUGAGAGGGAGCGAGAGAGAUCGUGCGCUCCCACACCCACCGCCCGAGCUGCUGUGCCGACUGCGGGAUAUGGAAUGCUUCAUAGGAAGUGGUGUGUGCAUCGAGACGCUGGCGGGGCUCGCUCGACACCCGGCGAUACACUCACUGCAAUUCCUCGUCGAUGAGGAAUUCAUUCGAGAGGUUGACACAUCUAUGAAGGACGACGUUAACGCCUUCCCACCGUGCUUACCUCUACAAUUUCGGAACACGAUGCGGCACAUCAAGCUCGAUUUGGAUGCUCCCGCUGCGCUUGCCAGGUUCUUUAGGGUCGUUCAAACCCCUUUGCAGGUCAUCGCCUUUGACGCCCAAUGCUGGGAAGUCGAGGCCGACGACCCACACGACGUCCGCACCGAGAACCUCGACCUUCUCGCGCAGGCGUUCGAUCCCGCGCACGUCAAGCAGAUCCUAUACUACCACGACCGCAAUAUCGAGCUCUCGUGGGGUCCCAUCCCCUUUGAGCGCGUCCUGCGGCUUGCCAGGUAUUAUCCGAGUCUGUCAUACCUGGCCAUCGACUGCUGGCUUGACGUGGAGGACGCGGACCUCGUUGCUUUGGCGCGGGCGCUGCCCCACCUCGAGUACCUUGUCCUCGACACACACGCGAUGAAUCACCGGGAGUACCUCACUGUCGAGAGGCGGGACGUGCACACGACGCUGGGCGUGCUACCCGCUUUCGCACACUACUGCCCGCGGCUGCGCGGGCUAUGCAUCCGCCUGGAUGCGACGGAACUACCUGCGCUCGACUUAGGGGCCGACAAGCCUCGCGUGCAGGGGCAUGUGCGCAUGUACUUCGCGGAUUCGAAGCUUUCGCAUCCGGUGGCUGUCGCCCGGUUCCUGCGAGACGUCUUUGCACAGGGGUGUAGCAUCGCGUCGCAGCCGCCGAGGGAGGGAAUGUACAAGAGGUGGCGAGAUGGAUUCUGGGAUGACGCGGAAACCAGUGAUUGGGCGGUGGGCCGAUGGCUAGAAGUGCGCAAGGAGCUUGCGACGUUGGAACGCGAGGUAGAUCGAUGCCAGUAG